AUGACGGCGUUCCCGGUGCGGGCGGCGAUAUCGGCGCGCGCGGCGUGUCCCGCGCUCCCGAAGCGACGCGUCGGGAGCGGGCGCCGAGACUCCGCGGCGGCGACCGAGGCUCGAGCGGCGGCGGCAGACGACGAAUCAGACAACAUCACGAUCGUCGAACGCGGCCACGUCGACUUGGGGACGUCCGCCGCCUUCUUGGCGACGGCGACGACGCGGCGACGUCUGGCGGUCGCCGUCGCGGCCGCGCUGGCGCUCGAACCCGCGAUCCCGCGAUCCUCCGCGGGGGCUCUCACCGACCUGGUCAAGAACUCCGGCGUGGGCGGGCCCAACCUCGGCCUCGUGGAGUUCGACUCGCCCGACCUCGACUACAGCUUUUUUUAUCCCAAAGGAUGGAAGGUGCUGCGAAACAGGCUGAGGCGCGGCGUGAUCGUGUCGGACUUCGACGCGCCCGUGGGUAACCCGAAGGUGUACGUCGAGGUCGUGUCCGCGCCCCCCGCGGGCGAGCUCGCAGGUGACGCACCGGUCGGUGGUGACGCACCGGGCGGUGACGCACCGGGCGGUGACGAGAGUCGAAAGUUGGCGAUCCGCCGUCGCGCCGUCGACGCGCUGGUGGCGCCGGUGGAGAACGACAACAGCGGCGACGGCAAGCUCGAGGCUCCCCCGAUGCGACUGGUGAAGGACCUCGACUUUAACGGCGACCCGGGGUCGAACGGCGUGAGUUCACGGGGCUUCGAAACGUACGAUUACUUUACGUUUACAUCGGAGACGACGACGAGGUCCGGGUACGACGUGACGCGGCGGCACUACGCCGUCGCCAAAACGAAAGGGGGUUUGGUGUACGUCUUAUCCGCGAGCGCCACGACGGACGGGUUCGACGAGACGAGGGCGAGGCUGUUCGAGCGGAUAGUGGCGUCGUUCGUCGUCAACUGA